CACGUUCACGUUUUCGUAAUUUUCAAUUAUAUUGAAAAAUUCGUUUACAAUUUAUAAAAAGCACGAUGGCUUCAAGUAUUCAAACGGAAACUACAAGAAUAAAACAAAUUGAGCAUGAAAUCCAACGAUUGCGUACAGCCAUAGAGACAGCUCGUAGUAACACUGGGUUAGCAGACGAGAACCCGGAACUGGGAAAGCUGCAAAUGGAAAAUAUAAAACUUAAACAUCGUUUGGAAAUUCUCAACCGGGCAAUCGCAACUGAGCAAAGCAAAUCGGCUAAUCGGCAAUCUGGAGGACCAAUAUCGAUACUGGAAACGUUAUCAGAACUUUUUACCGAAGCGAUCGCUAACGCAUUUCCUCAAGUUUGUGCCGAAGUGCCAACGGUGAUUACCGUUUCAAGUUCUCCCAAAUUCGGUGACUAUCAGUGUAACAAUGCAAUGCAAUUAGUGCAGAAGCUUAAGGCAUUAGGUAUUACGAAAAAUCCGCGUGACAUUGCCAAUCAGUUAAUGGCAGCAUUACCAAAAUCGCCACUGAUUAGUAAAGUGGAAAUUGCUGGCGCAGGAUAUGUUAACGUGUUUUUGGACAAAACUUUUAGCGCAUCUGCAAUAAUGGCAAUGUUGAAGGAUGGCGUCAAACCUCCAUUAUGCGAAAAGAAACGUGUCAUAGUAGAUUUUUCAGCACCAAACAUUGCCAAGGAAAUGCAUGUUGGUCACCUGCGAUCUACCAUCAUCGGUGAAUCGAUCUGUCGUUUUCUAGAAUUUCUCGGUCACAACGUUCUUCGUUUAAAUCACGUUGGGGAUUGGGGCACUCAGUUUGGAAUGUUAAUUGCGCACCUACAGGAUCGCUUUCCAGACUACGUAAGGGUUUCUCCUCCCAUUGGAGAUUUGCAAGCUUUUUACAAAGAAAGUAAAGCACGUUUCGAUUCAGAUGAGGAAUUCAAAAAACGUGCUUAUAGUUGUGUUGUGAAGCUACAAGGUGGGGAUUCCGAUUCCCUGAAAGCAUGGACAUUAAUUUGCGAUGUUUCUCGCAAAGAAUUUCAGCGCGUUUAUGAUCGCUUGGAUGUAACCAUCAUUGAGCGGGGGGAGUCUUUUUACCAGAAACGGAUGGAAGUUAUUGUUAAAGAAUUGUCCGCUAAAGGCUUCCUAGAGGAGGACGAAGGUAGGAAAAUUAUGUGGGGCGAAAAUCGAGAAUCAAUCCCACUUACUAUUGUGAAAUCAGAUGGUGGAUUUACCUACGACACCUCUGAUAUGGCGGCAAUCAAACAACGAUUACAAGAGGAAAAAGGCGAAUGGUUAAUUUAUGUGACGGAUGCUGGACAGGCUACACAUUUCCAAAUAAUCUUUUCCUGUGCUCGUCGGGCUCAGAUACUCGAUCCUAACAUCCACCGUGUUGAUCAUGUCGGUUUUGGCGUUGUGCUGGGAGAGGACGGCAAAAAGUUUAAAACACGUUCCGGAGAUUCAAUCAAAUUAACUGAAUUGUUAGAUGAAGGUCUGAAACGAUCGCUCAAUAAAUUGUUGGAAAAAGAACGUGACAAAGUGCUUACAGCGGAAGAACUGACAGCGGCACAGGAAUCAGUGGCAUAUGGCUGUAUCAAAUAUGCCGAUUUAUCUCAUAAUAGAAAUAAUGAGUAUAUUUUUUCUUUCGAUAAGAUGCUGGAAGACAAAGGCAACACGGCUGUCUAUCUACUGUACGCUUACACCCGUAUUCGGUCAAUUGCUCGUAAUUGUGGAGGAGAUUUUGCGAACAACAUUGACAAAGUGAUUGCCAAUACGAAGUUAAGCUUAGACCAUGAAAAAGAAUGGAAGCUGGCUAAGGUACUACUCAAGUUUACCGAUGUGAUGAAGCUAAUUUCAAGGAAUUUGUGCUUGCAUCAUCUUUGUGAUUUCGUGUAUGAGGUUUGCACUACAUUUACGGAGUUUUACGACACCUGCUACUGCAUUGAAAAGAAUAAACAAGGCGAAAUCGUGAAAAUCAAUGCUGGCCGAGUGCUGCUGUGUGAAGCAACCUCACGAGUUUUGGGAAAGUGUUUCCAUAUUCUAGGACUCAAACCACUACAUAAAAUAUGAAUAAGUAUAAUAAAAGUAAUAAAUGCAAGCCGUUUUGCUUGGUUUUAAUGCUACUUUUAUAGUAACGAAAAGGCACUAAAAAAAUUUUGUAAAACUAAAAAGAGAAACUAAAAUCCCAUGAAUAUUCAUUCCUCGAAA